AUGGAGGUCCUGCCGGCCGGCGGGGGCCAGACGUGGCGCCCGCAGCCCGAGGCGAGGCCGGAGGACUCGGGGCGCGGAGCUACUCCGGCGGAGCGCGCGCGGGGCUCCAGGGACGCCUGGGAGGGCGAGGAGGACCCGGAGCCCGGCGAGCCACGGGGCAGCCGCACGGCGUCCCUGGUGAGCGGGCUGCUGACCGAACUGUACAGCUGCACCGAGGAGGAGGAGGCGGUCGGCGGAGGCCGCGGGCCCCGGGGCCGCCGGCGGCGCCGGGACAGCCUCGACAGCUCCACCGAGGCCUCCGGCUCCGACGUGUUCCUGGGCGGCCGCGGCGGCGCCGGCGACUCCCGCGUGCUGCAGGAGCUGCAGGAGCGGCCGAGCCCGCGGCACCAGAUGCAGUACCUGCGGCAGAAAGACACGAAUGAACUGGAGAUGAUCCUUCGAGAACUAAAAUACAGGAUUGGCAUUCAGUCAGCGAAGUUACUUCGGCAGCUGAAGCAGAAAGAUCGGCUUGUGCACAAAGUGCAGAGAAGCUGUGAUGUUGUGACGGCGUGCCUGCAGGCCGUGUCUCAGAAGAGAAGAGUUGACACAAAGUUGAAGUUCACUCUUGAGCCAUCUUUAGGUCAAAAUGGUUUUCAGCAGUGGUAUGAUGCUCUAAAGGCAGUUGCCAGACUAUCGACAGGAAUACCAAAGGAAUGGAGGAGAAAGGUUUGGUUGACCUUGGCAGAUCAUUAUUUGCACAGUAUAGCCAUUGACUGGGACAAAACCAUGCGUUUCACUUUCAAUGAGAGGAGUAAUCCUGAUGAUGACUCGAUGGGAAUUCAGAUAGUUAAGGAUCUUCACCGCACAGGCUGCAGUUCGUACUGUGGCCAGGAGGCUGAGCGGGACCGGGUCGUAUUGAAGCGGGUCCUUCUGGCUUAUGCCCGAUGGAACAAGAAUGUCGGGUAUUGCCAAGGCUUUAACAUCCUGGCUGCGCUGAUUCUGGAAGUAGUGGAAGGCAAUGAGGGCGAUGCUCUGAAAAUUAUGAUUUACCUUAUUGACAAGGUACUUCCCGAAAGCUAUUUUGUCAACAAUCUCCGGGCACUGUCCGUGGAUAUGGCCGUCUUCCGUGACCUCUUGAGACUGAAUCUCCCUGAAUUAUCUCAGCACCUGGAUACUCUUCAGAAAACUGCAAACAAGGAGAGUGGAGGUGGAUAUGAGCCCCCACUGACCAAUGUCUUCACGAUGCAGUGGUUUCUGACUCUCUUCGCUACGUGUCUCCCUAACCACACAGUUUUAAAGAUUUGGGAUUCAGUUUUCUUUGAAGGUUCAGAAAUCAUCCUACGGGUGUCGCUGGCUAUCUGGGCAAAGUUGGGAGAGCAGAUAGAAUGUUGUGAGACAGCAGAUGAAUUCUAUAGCACCAUGGGGCGCCUUACCCAGGAGAUGCUAGAGAAUGAUCUUCUGGAAAGCCAUGAACUCAUGCAGACUGUUUAUUCCAUGGCUCCAUUCCCUUUUCCACAGUUGGCAGAGUUGAGGGAAAAAUACACUUACAACAUUACACCAUUCCCUGCCACAGUUAAGCCCACCUCAGUUUCUGGACGACAUGGUAAGGUCAGAGACAGCGAUGAAGAGAAUGACCCAGAUGAUGAAGAUGUUAUUGCUAAUGCAGUGGGGUGUCUCGGACCUUUCAGUGGGCUCCUGGCACCUGAACUGCAGAAGUACCAGAAGCAAGUUAAAGAAUCAAAUGGGGACCAGAGUCUGAGCUCCAAUAACAUUGCAGAGCUGAGCCCAGGAGCGAUCAAUUCCUGCCGAAGUGAAUACCAUGCAGCUUUUAACAGUAUGAUGAUGGAGCGCAUGACCACGGAUAUCAACGCACUGAAGCGGCAGUAUUCUCGGAUUAAAAAGAAGCAGCAGCAGCAGGUUCAUCAGGUGUACAUCAGGGCAGACAAAGGGCCGGCGACCAGCAUCCUCCCGUCUCAGGUAAACAGCUCUCCAGUUAUCAACCACCUUCUUUUAGGCAAGAAGAUGAAAAUGUCAAACAGAGCCGCCAAGAAUGCUGUCAUCCACAUCCCUGGUCACACAGGAGGCAAAAUAUUACCCGUCCCCUACGAAGACCUUAGGACCAAGCUCAAUUCUCCGUGGCGAACCCACAUCCGUGUCCACAAAAAGAACAUGGCCAGGACCAAGAGCCAGCUGGGCUGCGGGGACAUGGUCGGGCUGAUAGAAGAGCAGAUGGAGGGCUCCAAGAGUCACACCCCGGGGGCGGCCGAGGCAUCUCCCUCCGGUUGUGCCGGGACAGCUCGAGGCGAAAGCGGCUGCUCCGACGGCAGCACAGGCAGGACCAUCGAAGGGCGGUCUCCGGAGCCGGUGUUUGGGGACGCAGAUGCCGACGUGUCUGAGGUCCAGGUGAAGAUAGAAGCCCUGGAAUUGACCCCAAGGGAUGCUGCUGCUGAUCCUGAGCCCAGGGUGCCUCUGCCCAGCCAGCGGCACUUCCCGGAGCCACCCAGUGCCCCGGGAGGAAACAAGGUCCCCGGCAAGGCCCCCCAAGGCGGUAGCCACCCGAAGACCCCCGUCUUUAGCCCCUUUCCCAGCGUCAAGCCCCUGCGGAAGUCCGCCGCCGCCAGGAAUUUGGGGUUAUAUGGUCCGACAGAAAGAACCCCAGUCGUGCAGUUUCCUCACAUGAGCAGGAGCUUCAGCAAGUCCAGCAGUGGUGACAGCAGCACCAAGAAGCGGUGA